UCAACAAGAUACAGGUCCUGUUUGUCAAGGGAGCCGAUUCAUGAUGUUCUCUUGUUAGUUAGAUUCAAGUAUUAUGAAAGAUAAUGACUUCUUUGUGCAUGGAUCACAGUUUUGUUUUUGUCUGUCGGUCAUUAUUUGUGUGAAGUGGCACGCUGCUUAGUUCUUACUUCUUAGCCUAAGAAUCUUAGGCAUCUUGUUAUAUUAUUCUCUUUGCUUUGUUGUUGCUCUUCUAUUUUAAUUCGAGUUAAUAGUCAAAAUGGUCCUGAAAGAUACCUCGACUUCCAUUUUUGUCUCUGAAAGAUAAAAUUAAUAAAAUUCGUCUCUGAAAGAUAACCAUCUUGAUCGCGUUAGUCCUUCCGUCAUCUCCUGCGCUGAGGUGGUUAACGCUCGCUUACAUGGCCUGUUAACUACCAGCAUGGCACUCGCUUAGUGUACCCUCUUAUUACUGAUAAGAUAAAUUUAUUAGAUCAAUUUAAAUCAGUUCCUAAGUCCAUGGACCCUAAUCCCAAAUUCAAUCAUUGGUUGCUUUGGUACUCUUGUCUCUCUUCCUCAAGAUUUUGAGUUUUUGUACAGAUCUGGCUCAAAUCUAGAAUCUAUAGAUGAUGGUUAAUAUGCAUUUGUGGAAUUUAUAUGUGAAAAUAUGGUGUCACUAGGCGCUUCUAACUUGCAAAGUAUUGUUGGAGAUAGCAGCAUACUUCCUUUCUAUCUUGAACAGGGCAUUGCCAAUACCAUUGGAUGUUUGCAAAGGGAAGGUUGUUUGCUUCGAGGAGAGCAUAAUCUUCUAGGUGAAGCUUUUCUUGUGAUGGCUUCUGUUUCUGGGAUUCAACAGCAGCAAGAAGUUUUAGCAUGGUUAUUGGAACCUUUGAGCCAAGAGUGGACACAUUCGGAAUGGCAGGAUAAGCACACAUACAUAUUUACAAGAAAGGGAGAAAUUUUUUUUUUUUUCAUUAGAAUUCAUAAUUUAUGAGGAAAGACUUCAAUGGUAUUCCCCCUUUAUUGUGUUGUUUUUGCAAUAAGUGUCUAAAAAGACCAAAACAUAAAAAUUCCUGGUGAAUAGA